CCAUGUCAGAGCCCCAAACUGUUUGAUCCACCGCGUAGCGCCUAUGACGGCAGUCCGCAACGCAUGCUUGAAAGAAGACCUUCCUUUUCUAGCGAUAGCAGUUGGUUUUUGGCCUGCUUCGCUCGAUGGGAGCCCGGGCCGGAGAGCCGCAAGCUGGAAGAAAUAGCGAGAGCUCAGAAAUCGGAUGGCUUCAAGCCUCGACCUCUACAUCCAUCUCCUUACCCCGCACUCACCCCUCUAGACCCUCUACACUUCCUGGCAAGUAGCUAGGUUUCUCUACUACAAACAAAACGAACUAGUCCCGCGGUAUAACGAAGUCUGGCACGAUGAGGCCGUCUCCAACUUCUGUCAGGUUACCCCAGGCUGGACGUCGAUGGGCGAGCUCGUCUGUUGGCGCUUCGAGCGCCGAGACCGUCAUAGCCGUCGAACGUAUGAAGCGGAAAGUCCGUCGUGUUCGCAAGGCGGAGAAAGAUGAGCGCAUAGACAUCAGCACGCACCUCACGGAGGUCAAGACAUAUAUGGGAGGUUUUACGCGCCCUCGCGACCUUCGCGCCUCUAACUGGUUCCCCGGAGGUCGUUACCGCGCCAUCGGCAAGGAAUACGACAACCCUUCCCCGAAAGCGUACGAACCUCAUACAGUCUUCGUCGCCGAGUCUCGUUAUCCCAUCUCUUUUGCAAGAGGACGUGCCGACACUCACGAGUACAUUGUUGCCGUCACCCGAGAGAGCGAACUCCCCGACGUUCUCCGCAAACUCAACAGUCCUUCAGCCCACAAGCUCGACCCGAAAGCCACCCAAUGUAUGGACAACGCACGUUGGCCUUGGCUCCCGGCGAAGAAAGAGAGACCGGUGCAGUGGUGGAAAGAUGGCGAAAAUCCCGAGAAGAUCCUCGAACGUCUCGCUAAUGGCGAAGACGCCGACUACGACGUGAAGGAGAUAAACCUCGACGCGUCUAUUCCCGUUCACUCUACGUCUUCGUCUACCUCCGCUUCUCCUGCCCAAGCUCGUGGCUUCCAUACCUCUGCCCGCGACGGUCCUCGGGUCUUCCUCCUUAGCCCUCGCAGCAUUCAUUCCUCCGCCAGCAAGUACUCCAACCCUCGGCCUAAGCCCAAGACAUCGGACGACCAUGCUCGCGAGGGCACCGUCCCCGAGUACUACGUCGAGCGCAAGAAACAACGUGACGCGAUCCAAGAGAGGAAGGAGCUCGAGGGUUCGCUCAUGUACGAGCUCGGUGCCGGCAUCCUCUCGGAUGACAUCGCUGCGUCUACUCGCCGCCCAGCCAAUAAGAUCCCGACCGAGUUCGAGGCCGAAGAUGGUACCAUUAUUCACCCUUCUGGCUUCACGGUUCCUUCUCCAGGAGAAGCUCCCGUCAGUUACGCCGAUACGAGGGAGAGAGACCCAUCGAUUGAGACCGCAAAUGUCGCCGAGCGGGUUGGCGAGGAGGAUUAUACGGGUGUUCGUGCGCAUGUCCGCCCCCAUUCGCAGAAGAUUCCGUUCGAGGUCGAAGAGCCCGAUGGGACUGUUCGGCACCCGUCCGGUUUCGAGCCUCCGACUCCUGCCCACGAGUUCCCCGCCGCCCUAAUCGGGAAAGUCAAGGACGCCGUUCUCGUCGAAGUCGAUCCCGAUUCGGUGGUUCCCGAGUUCUUCGUCGCUCGCAAGCUGCAACGCCAAUUGGUCCGGGACGGCAAACCAGACCGGGAACUCGCACACGCUGAGCCUCUUGAACUUUCGGGCAUGAACCGCCCAGCCCACAAGAUUCCCUUCGAGCACCUCGACAUCGACGGAAAUCUCAUUCAUCCGUCCGGUUUCAUGGUACCUUCUCCCGCUCCCCAUGUCAUUCCCAGAGCCGAGCUUCGUCAACGCGAUCCUCUGGUCGAGACGCAGGGCGUUGCGGACCGUGUUACGGAGGAGGCCGUCCUUGCAGAGAGCGUCAAGGAAGGGUUCCUCAGGGCUCAGACCAGGGCCCUCGAGGGCAAGGUUCCGUUCGAAGUCGUCCUUCCCGACGGCACCGUCACGCAUCCCUCUGGCUUCAUCCCUCCCACUCCCGCCGCCGCCUUCAACAAGAACGGGACCUCCACGUUUUACAAACGCGGCUUCCACUCCUCCACCCUCGUCCGCGCGUCGGAGGUCUCGAUGCCGACCUCUCCAUCCGCGGUCCGCGAAGAACACAACUUUUUUCGUCAGUUUCGCAGAGAUGAGCUUGGGGAUAUCGAAGACGUCCAGGGAUACCUGACGGCCCUACGCGAAAGAUAUCAACCCACGUUGAAAGAGACACCGUUCUGGCGCCCGCUGAUCACCGUCACGAUGAGUACCCGUCCACUCGCUAUGGCGCUCAACCGUCUAUGCAAAGGCAUCUCCCGCGGAGCGCCCUUCGUCACGAACGUGUCCAACGAGGACCGCAAGAUCUCCAAGUCGCUCACGGAACGCAUUCGCAAUAUGCGCAUCCAGAGGAUGCACGAGUUGGUCACCGGUAUGGCUGACGGUCUCGCGAGCCGGAAGGGAGGUUUCGUCGGCAUUCGGUUCUCGAACAAUGAGCUCGGGAGGGGUAUCGACGCCGAGAAGCUCGCGGAUCCGAUUCCGUAUGAUCGUAGGGUCAUCAAGGUCGGCGUCGGCAAGUGGUUCCGUCGUAGCGACGAGGUCAAAGAACUCUUCGAGGAGAGCGCGAAGUCGUAUACCCACCCGUGGCUCGAGACGUUCGACUUGAACGACGCGGGCGAGAGGUUGAACGAGAACGGGGAGGUGGUGCCGUGGCCGCAGGGUGAGCCUAUGAAGAAGAUCAUGCCCAACGAGUGGUUGCCGGAGGAACUCGCGUUGCAGCCCGGGGAACGUGUGUUCGGGAAGCAGUACGAGGAGUGGACGCCUCACGCUUCGCAGAAGGAUCUUUAUCCUACCGUCGAGGUCGCUGAGACGCAGGAGAAGUUAGGCGGAGAGGUCGAUGGGCUGGAGUUUGAGGAUGAUGAAGUCGAACUAGGCGGUGAGGUCCAGCUUACGACGUAUAAGUAUCGGCUCCCACCGAAGAAGGCGGGGCACAGGCACGAUGAACGGGAGAGGAGGCUGCACCACCUCAGGCAGCAGUACCUUGCGGAGCACCACGGAGAGGAGGUUGCGGAUGUCAUUUCACAGUAUUAUUCGCGCAACGUGUUCAGUCCUUAAGCUCUUCAUUUCCCUGUCCUUGUCUGCUUUCUCGUCCGUCUUGCUUUUGUACGUUUACCCUGGAGUGUGAUCCAUUCCUGGCUGCGCUGUUGUCGUUGAUUUUCUGUUAGUUUUUCCGGACUGCGUUUCUCAGCAUCCUUCCAUGUCAUUAUCCUCCAUGUUCUUUCUAUCCUGUCAUGCCUCGCAUCUCUUGAUUAUUCGCUCUUGUGCAUCUUCCUCCGCCUACCAUCACGGCUCGUCUCUCAUAAUCUGUCUCGUCCUCGUCUCAUCACCCUGUACACUAUACCAUCCCAUCGCGUCGUUCUCUUCCUCCUCGAACCCACCCACUGCACUUUCGUUAUCCUUUAUGUUACGAUUUGUUACUGGGGGCGUUCGAGCGACGUCGAGUUGCGCGCGCGAUCAUCAUAUGCAUCCAUAGUCCUCACUUGUACGUUUAUAUACCGCGACGUGUGAGUAGUUGAUCCUUUACACGAUUCAUCAGCUUUUCUUGCAAUACUAGUUCACUAGUUG